AUGGACUUUUCUUUGUGGCGCAGCAUUGGCAAGGAAUUCCUGAUCAAGAGCAAGAUCGACAACUGGAUUGCAUGCAAGGAAGGUUCUGGUAGCAUAGUGCAACACAAGAAGGGGUCACUUUCUUGUAAACUGGUGAAGCAGGUUUCUAAUCAGUGCACUGGAACGGUACCAAAAUCUAUGAGUCUUCCCAGUCGCAGACCUCUCCUCACUGCUGGAAGUACUUAUUACUACUUUGACGGGGACACAAGAAUUAACUCACCAACUCAUGAUCCUUGUGGUAAAAAUCGACCAAACCAGUUGAGAAACGUGCAAAACCCACAUGGAAACAUUUUUGUGCGCUGA